UGUCAUUUUUGUUAUGACAUUCUUCAUUGUACGUACGCAUCGCAACGCAAACAAUAAUUGAAACUGUUGAUUUUAAUUUUGAGUAUAAUAAAUAACAGGCAGAAACGAAGUCACACUUAUUUACUAUGGCCGCACAAAACGUUAAUGUCUGUGAUAUUGGAGAUAAAGUAAAGGAAACUUUGAAGAAGUUUCGAUUCCAAAAACACACUUCGAACUGUGCUCUCAUAUUGAAGGUGAACAGAGAGAAGCAGGAGUUAGAAGUUGAUGAAGAGCUGGAAGAUGUGAAGUUAGAAGAGCUGCAGGAUAUAUUGCCGUCUCACCAGCCCAGAUUCAUCGCAUACAGUUAUAAAAUGGAUCAUAGCGAUGGAAGGACGUCGUUUCCUCUCUGCUUUAUAUAUUACACGCCCAGGGAUGCGCAUAUGGAGUUACAGGUAAUGUACGCGGGCACCCAGCGAGCAUUAGCGAAAGAGAUAGGCGGCAAAAUGUUGGAAGUGAGGGAGAUAGACGAACUGACCGAGGAUUGGCUCAACGAGAAGCUUCGCAGGUAGAUGGCGCCACUUUACACCAAUGACGUCACGAUGUGUCAUUCAGUAGAGGCAUUCCAGUAGGCAAACACGAUUCUCGAGCCUUUGACGAAGCCUGUCCAUUGUAAUAGAAAGAUUCUAUUUGUUUAUGAUUUUUUAUAGCUAUGUGCUAGCAACCUGUCACUAUUUAAAUUCGGGAGUCUAUAUCCCUUAGGGGUAGACAGAGCCAAUAGGCUUCAAAAGACCGAAUGACCACGUUCAGCUGUUUGGCUUAAUGAUAGAAUUGAGAUUUAAAUUGUGGCAGGUCCCGAGCCCGUCGCCUGAAAAAAGAAUCCCAAGUUCAUAAGCCUAUCACUUAAUCGCCUUUUACGACAUCCAUGGGAGAGAGAUGGAGUGGUUCUAUUUUUUAUUUGUAUUGGUGCCGGGAACCACACGGCACAAAAGUCAGUAAAACUUUGUAACGUAAUGAAAAGUUAGAACCUUUUAGAUUUAUUUCGAUAAAAUUUGGAAAAUAGAUUAGACUUUCAGUAUUAAAAAAUAUAUACGUAGACUUAUUUCAAAGAUUGAGUUAGCUUCGAAGCAAGUUCGAGACUUGUGUUACGAGAUACUAACUCAACAUGAACGUCAAGAUGACGGAGCCACCUCGCAAAACACAAAUAUUGUCGAACCAGCUCUUAGUACCUAGUUUGUACCUUUUGGUACCUAUAUCAAAAAAGUUUGUACCUCAAAGAAUUCAAACAUAUCGAUUGUGAUAUGUGGUUCCUCCAUAUUGACGUCAAAAUGGAGGAACCACCUUCGUCUCUUAUAAAAAUAUAAUGUAUACCGUCGAGAUGACCACACGGACACUUAGUACCUGGUUAGUACCUCCCAAGAUCUUAUCGCUAUAAUCGUUUUUUAAACCAGUUUUCUAAAGAAAAUAAUUAACAAAAAGAAAAUGACAGAAGUGCCUGUAAAUAAUUAUAGCAAAAUGUAUUAAACGAAAACUUUACUUCAAAAUAGUUUUAGGCGUUUAGGAUUUAGUACAAAAAAUUAUAUUUAUUAAUUAUUUAAAAGCACAAUGCUAAUGUUAUAUUAUUAAAUUAUACGAGGAUUCUAAUUGUAGAAUAACCCAUCAAAUAAAUUUAAUCGACUUUGAGAUAAUUUUAUUUAAAUAUUAGAAAUAAUUUUAUUUAAAUAUCAGAACUAUUAUUUAUAACUUAUUGAAAUAUAUUUAGUUAUAUACAACUCGUUUAAAUAACAUAACAUUAGCAUUGUGCUUUUAAAUAAUUAAUUAAUAUAUUUUUUUGUACUAAAUCCUAAACGCCUAGAACUAUUUUGCAGUAAAGUUUUCGUUUAAUACAUUUUGUAAUAAUUAUUCACAGGUACUUCUGUCAUUUUAUUUUUAUUAAUUAUUUUCUUAAAAAACUGCUUUAAAAAACGAUUAUAGCGAUAAGAUCUUGGGAGGUACUAACCAGGUACUAAGUGUCCGUGUGGUCAUCUUGACGGUAUACAUUAUAUUUUUAUAAGAAACGAAGGUGGUUCCUCCAUUUUGACGUCAAGAUGGAGGAACCACAUGUCACAAUCGAUAUUUUUGAAUUGUUUGAGGUACAAACUUUUUUGAUAUAGGUACCAAAAGGUACAAACUAGGUACUAAGAGCUGGUUCGACAAUAUUUGUGUUUUGCGAGGUGGCUCCGUCAUCUUGACGUUCAUAGAAGCUAGUUUUAUAAUAAAUACUUCAGAGAGAGAUUAUCAGAGAAAGUUAAUUUCUCAACAUGAUCACCUUCAGUUCUGAAAAUUCCCACAUGAGUAAAGUCCCAGGCGAGAGGCUAGUAAUGGUAUAAAUGAAAUAAUUGUCCAAUGCACUGAAUUAAAGAUUAUAUAAUUUUUACAAUAAAACUUUGUAGUUUUUUCAGAUGUUUAUAUUUAUUUUUUUUAUUAUCAUUAAAUACUCUUUAUAAGUUUAAUUCCAUUAUUGUUAUUUUACCAAUUAGGUAUAGUAAAUAAUGAUUUUACGUAAUAAGAUUUAAGAUUUUGAAACUUGUACAUGUUUUGACAAAAUUUUUGAUUUUUAAUAAUCUUAAAAAUAUUGGCGUAAUGUAAAAAAUAAUGUAUGUUUUUUCUACUAGUUACUACUAUUUUAAAUGGAAAAAUUAUUAUUAAAUUUAGGUUUCAUUCACCUGUUUUGAUAUAUUUAGAUUAUUUAUAUUCCAUUUUAGAAUUUUCUCUUUUCAUAAGAAAAAAAUAAUUUUUGAAAUUUGUGGCAAAAUGUGUGUUUACAAUAUUUGUGAAGCGACAUAUAUACCUACAAAAAAAAAAACAAAAAGGAAAGAUGUUUUGAUGCAUUUAUGUAAAAUUUAUUUUUACAAU